AUGGAGGUGUGUGUUCUGUGGAUGAAGAAUGAGGUUAAGCAGCUGCUAAAAGUGUGGGACUUUGCCUUCAGGUCUGGAGACAUUGAACUUUACAGCUCAGCCAGAUCCAACCUAAAGAGGGGAACCAAACAGGCAAAAGCAGCUUGCCUGAAAUCUGCCACCAUUGUUCCCAUCCCCAAGAGACAGUUGGUCGGCGGCCUUAAUGAUGACAGACCUGCGGACUACAACGUGGAAGUCCUGAACCUCACUGCCUGGUGCUCCCUCGACAACCUGGCACUCAACUCCUCAAAAACUAAGGACUUGGUGCUGGAUUUCAGGGGGAAGAAGGGGGACCCCAUACCUCUUCUCAUCCAAGGGGACCUGGUGCUCAAUAGAGAGCAUCCUGACCCACAACAUCUUAGUGUAGCUAUAGGCAGCUCUCAGGCUGUCAAGAAGGCUCUGGAAAGAGUCAGGAAAUCACCACAGAGCAUCAUAGGAGUGCAGCAGUCCUGUCUGUCAGACACGUAUAACACCAGGUGUCUGCAUAGGGUCAAAGUCAUCAAAUGUGACAGUUCACACUCCAGAGCACACCCCUGUUGCCCCCAGGGAACAGCUGUGACAAUGAGACAUUUCCUCUUCAUCCUGCUUCCCUAUCUUUGUAUGUGUGGCAUUCAGGGCGCUUCAGAAUUUAGGAUCUGUGCCUUCAACCUUCAACAUUUUGGAGAAUCGAAAGCUAACAAGCAGGAUAUUAUGCUUACAUAUGCUAAGAUCAUCACCAGAUGUGAUCUGUGUCUGCUUCAGGAAGUGAGAGACAGCAAGAAAACAGCUUUGCGCCAGUUGCUUGAGCAGCUUAACAAGUAUGACCCUUAUCAUGAGUAUAAAGCUGUGGCAAGUGAGAGACUGGGCAGAUCGGAAACAUAUAAGGAACAGUACGUAUUUGUAUACAGGGCUGAUACAGUGACAGUAACAGGCCAGUAUCAGUACCCUGACACCAGACCAGGAGAUAUUGAUGCGUUCUCCAGAGAGCCCUUUGUUGUCCGCUUUAAAGCUAAAAACACAGCAAUCAAGGAGUUUGUCCUCAUCCCACAACACACCAGUCCAGCUAAUGUCUCGAAGGAGCUUGAGGCUCUGUAUGAUGUAUUACAACAUGUGAAGAGGAUGUGGAAAACUGAGAAUGUGAUGCUUCUUGGGGACUUCAAUGCAGAUUGUUCCUACCUUUCCAAGAGGAGCCGCGGCAAAUUGCGCUUGUUCACAGACAAUAAUCUGUUCUGGUUGAUGCCAGAGAAGACGGACACCACUGUUAGAGCAACCACCUCUUGUGCCUAUGACAGGAUGGUUGUACAUGGUGAAACAUUUUCCAAUGCAGUUGUACCCUCUUCAGCCAAGCCAUUUAACUUUCAAGUGGAAUAUCAUCUCACUGAGGAAGAGGCGUGCAAGGUGAGUGACCAUUACCCCAUUGAGGUCCUGCUGAAGAACAACGCAUCAAAAAUGUGCUUCAGUCUCUUCCUGGUGUCAUUUCUUAUAUUCAUCCUCAGAUGA